GACCCUAAACUUAAACUCGGAUUCAGGAUCACAAAGAUCAAGGGUUUAAAACUUUGUGUUUUGCCCCCCAAAAUUGCUCGGGAAAAUGCCGCAGCUCAACGGCGGUGGAGGGGACGAUUUGGGUGCGAACGAUGAAAUGAUUUCGUUCAAAGACGAAGGGGAGCAGGAAGAAAAAAUUUCGGAGAACUCCUCUGCAGAAAGGGAUUUAGCAGAUGUCAAAUCUUCUCUUGUAAACGAAUCAGAAACAAAUCAAAACAGCUCAUCGGAUUCUGAGGCGGAAAGACGGCCUCCGCCUAGGUCUGAAACUUUCAGAGACAAAACAAGAGAAAGUUUAGAGGAGGCUGCGAAAAGGCAAGAUGGAGGUCUGUUCAAGAGCCCACCGUACCCGGGCUAUCCAUUUAUAAUGAUCCCUGAUCUUACAAGCCCGUACCUUCCGAAUGGAUCCCUUUCUCCAACUGCCCGUACAUAUCUACAGAUGAAAUGGCCACUGCUAGAUGUUCAAGCAGGAAGUCUUCAAAGUAGACAAGCUCUUAAAGAUGGCAGGUCCCCUUCUCCAGCACACAUUGUUUCUAAUAAGGUCCCCGUGGUACAGCACCCCCAUCAUGUGCACCCUCUUACACCUCUGAUCACCUACAGCAAUGAGCACUUCACACCUGGCAACCCGCCUCCACACCUACAGACAGACGUGGACCCCAAAACAGGAAUCCCGAGGCCCCCACACCCUCCAGAUAUAUCCCCUUACUACCCACUGUCACCUGGCACUGUAGGCCAGAUUCCCCAUCCGUUAGGAUGGUUAGUACCACAGCAAGGUCAGCCUGUUUACCCCAUCACUACAGGAGGAUUUAGGCACCCUUACCCAACUGCCCUCACUGUCAAUGCGUCAAUGUCAAGGUUCCCUCCCCACAUGGUGCCCCCCCAUCACAGUUUGCACACCACAGGCAUUCCGCACCCCGCCAUCGUCACGCCCAGCGUCAAGCAAGAGUCUUCACACAGCGAUAUCGGCUCGCUCAACAGCUCGAAACACCAGGACGCGAAAAAGGAGGACGAGAAAAAGAAACCCCACAUAAAGAAGCCUCUCAAUGCGUUUAUGCUCUACAUGAAGGAAAUGAGGGCCAAAGUGGUGGCUGAGUGCACACUGAAAGAGAGCGCCGCUAUCAACCAGAUCCUGGGCCGAAGGUGGCAUGCCCUGUCUCGAGAGGAGCAGGCGAAAUACUACGAGCUGGCCAGGAAAGAGCGGCAGCUGCACAUGCAGCUCUACCCCGGCUGGUCAGCACGAGACAACUAUGGGAAAAAGAAGAAGAGAAAAAGGGAGAAGCAGAACGCAGAGGGCAGUGAACACAGAGACUAUUUUCCAAACCCUUGCCUUUCCCUUCCUCCGAUUACAGACCUGAGUGCCCCUAAGAAGUGUCGCGCUCGCUUUGGGCUUGAUCAGCAGAAUAACUGGUGUGGUCCAUGCAGGAGGAAAAAGAAGUGUAUUCGAUACAUUCAAGGCGAAGGCAGCUGUGCCAGUCCUCCUACUUCGGAUGGAAGCUUACCAGAGUCCCCCCCUUCUUCCCCCUCCAUGGCUGUACCCUCCCCCUCGUCAAAAGAAUCCAAACCACAGACUGAACAAAUGCAACCUCUCUCACUGACUAUGAAAUCUAACCCACUGGUCUCCUCGCACCCUCCUCUUCCUCACCAACACCAACACCAACACCUGUCCAUGCCUCCUCCUCCUCCGCCUCCUUUACCUCUGCUGGACCACUCAGCGGUGGGCAAAACACCUGGCCCCGCCCAAAACGGCUCCCUGGAGCCUUCCGACGCGUCAUCGGCCCGCCCCUCGGGCUCCGUCUUGUCCAGGCCCGCGGCGGUGACCGCGGGGCUGUGCCAUUCCCACUCCUUGCUGGCCCCUUCCACGCCCACGCAACCGCUGUCGCUCGUAACCAAAUCCAUAGACUAGCCCACCACUUCGCCCCCCCCCC